UGCUGCGAAAACCAUGGAUCUGACACAUAUCGCUCUGUUGACGUGUGCAUGCCUUUCAGUGAAGGGCGACAUAACCAAAGACUUGCAAUACCUAGCAGCCAUCUUCCCUGGUUUCUAUGACAACACUGUUCAGUACGAGAAUGAUAUAAAGAAUGACAUACCCGAAAAAGACAGACAUGUGCAUCUCUCAAUAUCCGUGUCUAACGAGGAGAUGCCUAUUUUGGAGGGGAGAGUCAACUUCUACCUUGAGGAGUUCGUCAACGGGGACAGGAAGGAUCUUGUGCGACAGAGAAUUUACAGUUAUGGUGUUGACGAGGAAGAAAGGAUCCAUCUGAAAUUUUACACACUGAAGGACCAAAAACAGUUCGCCCACGCGUCGCCCAACUCUCCGUUAUUCAAGAACCUGACAUUGAAAGAUGUGGUGUAUGUUGAAGGCUGUGACGUGUACUGGGACCGUGUGACAGAAGACUUGUUUAGGUCACACAUGUUCAACACGUGUUUGGUGGAGAUUGAUGGAGCUGAGAUUCUCAUCACGGACACAAACGACGUGACGUCAUCCUAUUUGACGGUGAAGGAAACGUGGAUCUCUGUUGCCAAUGGGUCAAUAGUAAGGUCCAUCCCUGUGCCGUACAACCUGACAAAACAGAUCGUAGGCACAGAGACAAAGUUACCGCUAAAGACAAUGCCUCGUCAGGGCCAAGACGUCUACCUUCGCUACAAGAACCAGACAAAGACCCAGCUGAGGACCUUCGAUGACCUUCUCCAAGCCCUUGUGUCCGGUCAGGCAGUCCGGUACUACAUCACCCCCACGGCGUGCAGGGUGACCGGUGCCACAGGGGCCAAAACUACCCAGAUAGGAGGCUACAUUGACACAUUCGAGUACUUCAGCAGUCCGACGUUCGGUCCCAAUUCGUACAUAGGAUUUGGCUCUCUGAGCUAUCAAAGAGAUGAUUCUGGAUCUCUGGCGGUCCGGCUCCGAGAAGGAUCCAUCUACAAAACAGGAGAUGUCCAUCUGACUGUCACUACUCUUUCACCAGAUUACCAGGCGGUGAUACACAAACAGUAUUACGACUGUACCAUCGGCCCCGACUCUUCCAGUGUCUCUGCGUCAUUCUUUGCUGACGGGGCUUCUUUAACCCGACUCGCAACCUUCGGAGAGUUCGUGACAGCCCUACAGAGUGGGUCAAGGAUCAGGGCAACAAUAGAUUAUGGCCUCUGUUCACUGAAGAAAGACACCAUCGGUGGAGCUGACAUCGAGGAUUUCGAGGUUUCAUCGGAUGGUAACCAUGUGCUGUGGUCCCAGCUGAAGACCAUCAGUAACAGCCAGGGCGGAGGUUACGUCAACGACAUCCUCACCAGUCGCUUCUUCUCCAACGGCAGCGUAGUUUUCACCGCAUCAGAAGUCGUGGUCGACACGGAUAAACCAUUGUUUGUGAAUGUGAUAACCUGUGCUAUGAACGGACCCCGCCUUGAUGGUGGAGUGGAGCUCUACCAGGUGGACUGACCCAGAACUACUAUCUUUACGUACCGAUGUAACAUUCAUGAGUCAGGCAUUGAGAAUCUCACCCGUGCGUCUUUAUCAUAUCAAAUAUAUCGGCAAGCCUUGGAAUUUCGCCAAGCGUUGCUACAUAUGUAUACAUUACUUCCGACAAAAAUACGGAAUCUGAUGAAAUGAUAGUGAAAGUGGAAUGAUGAUAAAUGUCUCUUUAUUGUUUUCGGGCGUGUAAAUCACAAUCUAAUGAAUCCAUGACGUUGGGCGAUACAUGCACGACACCUGCGUGGCAUAUUGGUGCCAUGUUGGCGGAUGCUGGGUCUUUAGUGUACUCCGCCCGUGAGCAUCCCACAUAUGCUCUAUUGGAGAUAUGUCAGGGGACUUAGCGGAGGGCUCGUCCAAUGUCUGAUUGCCUUCUUGUAGCCAAUCGGUGACUGGAUCGGCAUGAUCUGGUCUGUUUUUGUCAUCUUGCAGUUAAAGGUUUCUGCCGAUGAUUCUGGAACAACGGCAGGACGCAAAAGUUCAUCAACACAUCGCUGGCCUGUCAAAUGUCCAUUUAUAAUUACCAAAUCAUCGCCUGUAAUGUGUGGUAGCGACCUACACUCUGAAACUACCGUCCCUACGCUGAUAAAUGUUCAAGAAUUGUUCUUCUGGCAUACCGCUCGCCGCUACGUCGCCAACAACGUUUUCUGCCAUAUGUGAAUCAAGGGCAAAAUCCUGAUUCGUCUGUAAACAUGGCGGACCCUUGUGUUGCCUAGCCUACCUCAAUGUUUGCCCGCUAUAGUAAGCUGUUAGGGUCACACGCUUCACACGACGCCUUGCUGCAUAGGGCAAUUUUUUAACGGUAGAUGUUGAAAUACGCCCGCCUGUUUUGUAUGGAAAUCCAUGGCGUGGUGCAUUUAAUGUAAUGGGACGAUCUUGUCUAGGUGUCGUUUUUUAGACCUACCACACCCAGGUCUCAUUGCAACGCCAUCUGUUAGAUCCACAUUGGCUUCUGUGUGCACGUGCACCACAUACUGUUUAUGCAUGAUGAGAAAUACCAUUGCGAUUGUAGAUGUUGCAUUCAGAUGCAACGCCAAGGUAAAUGUACACCUCAACGACAGCUACAUUCAAAUCAUUAGUUCCCUUAUCUUUGUCGGUAGUAUAUAUUUGAUGCACAACAACACGAGUGUGAGAUUCUAUUUAUCAUAUAUAAAAAAUCUUUCUUCCAAA